UGUCGGCGUGAGCGGCGAGUCGCAACCAGAAGACGAGAGUUUUUUAACUGCGGUAGACGUUUAUUUCUGUAUUAACUUAGUUUUUAUAAUAAUUAGGAGUGAAAAUAUUACAAAAUGUCUGCAGCAACUAAAGGUAUCUAUAUUGUGGCUGCCAAGCGUACGGCCUUUGGAACCUUUGGUGGAUCCUUGAAAGGUAUUAAUCAGACCCAGUUGCAAACCACUGCGGCCAAGGCUGCCCUGGAUGCUGCUGGCUUAAAAGGAGAGCAGGUGGACACCGUCAUUGUAGGAAAUGUAAUUGCGUCCUCAUCUACGGAUGGUAUUUAUGUGCCCCGCCAUGUGGGUCUCAACUGUGGCGUGCCCAUCGAGAAACCCGCUCUUGGCAUCAACCGUCUGUGUGGUUCUGGGUUCCAGUCCAUCAUCAACGGAGCCCAAGACAUCCUGGUUGGAGGUGCCAAGAUUGCUCUGACCGGCGGAGUGGAGAACAUGUCCCAGAGUCCCUUCAUCGCAAGGAACGUUCGCUUUGGCACCACCUUGGGAGCCAACUACAAUUUGGAGGACGCUCUGUGGGCUGGACUCACCGAUACCUACUGCAAACUGCCCAUGGCUCUGACUGCCGAGAACCUGGCUGAUCAGUACAAGAUCAGCAGGGAACGCGUGGAUGAGUUCUCACUGCUGUCGCAGAAGAACUGGGAGAAGGGACAGAAAGAGGGUGCUUUCAAUGCCGAGAUCACACCCAUUAAAUUGAAGGUCAAAGGCAAGGAGGUGGACUUCGUGGUGGAUGAACAUCCGCGUCCCAAGACCACCAUUGAGGGUCUGAACAAGCUGCCUUCGCUCUUCAAGAAGAAUGGUGUUGUCACUGCUGGAACUGCCUCCGGAAUCUGUGAUGGCGCCUCUGCUGUGAUUGUGGCCUCCGAGGAAGCUCUCAAGGAGUACAACCUUAAGCCUCUGGCCCGACUUGUGGCCUUCUCCUUUGUGGGUGUGAAGCCAGAGAUCAUGGGCAUUGGACCAGUCCCCGCCAUUCAGAAUGUCCUCAAGGUUGCUGGCAAGAAACUGGAGGAUAUUGAUCUGAUUGAGAUCAACGAGGCCUUUGCCGCCCAAACUCUGGCCUGUGCCGAUGCCCUGAAACUGGACACCUCCAAGCUGAAUGUGAACGGUGGAGCCAUUGCUCUUGGUCAUCCUCUCGGUGCCAGUGGUUCCCGCAUCACUGGUCACCUUGUUCACGAGUUGCAGCGCAAGAAGCUGAAAUACGGAAUUGGAUCCGCCUGUAUCGGUGGCGGCCAGGGAAUUGCCGUUCUCCUGGAGGCUGUCUAAUCUUAAAGCUCUUCUGAAACUCUCCUCCUGCAUUUACACUGAAAUUCCGUUUCUCCCUUGUUAGUAAUAAAGCGAUUAUUUUAACUUUA